GAACAUCUCUAACUUCAAUGUCCACAGCAGUUGUACCAACUUUCUAAAACAUAAGCUUGAGCUUGGCGGUCUCUUGUUAGCGAAAAUUUUAGGUUAUAAAAAUCUAUUUUAUAGAAUUUUUGUUUAGUUUAUCACAAAGUAGCGUAUAAAAACACUGCGAUGGCGGCGGCUAUGCCUAUUAACCCCAAACCGUUCCUGAACAGCCUUACAGGAAAAUCUGUGCUGGUAAAAUUAAAGUGGGGGCACGAGUACAAAGGCCUCCUCGUAUCAGCCGAUGGCUACAUGAACUUACAGCUCGCUAACACAGAGGAACAUGUAGACGGGCAGUGUACAGGAAACCUUGGAGAAGUCCUCAUCAGGUGUAACAAUGUGCUCUACAUACGGGGGGCAGAGGAAGAAGACGAAGAGGGGGAAAUGAAAGAAUAGCAUAGCAUCUACUUUAAGUUAAUUAUAAAAUUAGAAUUACGGUUUUAUUUUCCAACCCAAGAAGUCAGCUCUCAUUGAGCAAGUUUUCAUAAAAAUCCUUCAGUGAAAGUUGAGGAUUUUUCAUGGAUGUCAAUGUAUUUCUAUUACAUUCUCAAUAUGUGAUUUUUCUGCCUAGAUUAUAAGAAUUCGCCAACAA